UUAAAUGGUAUAUCCUUUGUGUAUAUCUUAUAGAUAUCUAUUAUCAUAAUAAAAUUUGCUGGUUUCAAACAUGUUUAUGUAGAAGGCACUUAUGUGUGAUAUAUGAUUGCGUUCAGAUAGCAAAUUUGAUCCAGUUACGACAACUUUACAACUUUUAUUACACUAAUCAACAGUUUACUUGUAAACUUUUGUAAAAUACUAGUAAUUGUGUACGUCACAAGCUGGAAUCGAUAAGUAAACAAACAAUACAUUUGGGUCAAAACGUCAACGAAAGGUCGGAAUUUAAUGCAUACCGGUUGUUUUCGAUUGACACACGUUGUUGGCGGCAUAGCUACAUAACAUUAACGGACAUGCUCCAUGAACACUAAAAGAUGGGGAAAAACUCGUCAAAAACACUUGACACUGAUAAGAAAAAUGAAGGUGGACAUCUGUUGGUAGCGGCCAUAGACUUUGGAACAACGUAUUCUGGAUACGCCUUUUCAUUUAAAAAUCAGUUCGAAACAGACCCGUGUAACAUUUCGGCUAAAACAUGGGCAGGUGGUCAGCUACAAUCCUUGAAAGCUCCAACGUGCGUGUUAAUCCAGCCAGACGGCAAAACCUUAGAGGCAUUUGGUUACGAUGCUGAGACGCGAUAUAGUCAACUCUGUGAGACAGGCGAGCAGAAAAACUGGUAUUUCUUUCAGAGGUUCAAAAUGUUACUUUGGGAGAAGGAGAUACAUAAAGAUACGAUGUUGGAUGACGAGAAUGGUAAAAGCCUCCCGGUCUUAACCGUGUUCUCCCUGUCCAUCAGAUACAUGAAGGACGACUUGGAAAGUAUGGCUUCAAGACAAGUUUCUGCCAUAACUCCUGAAGACAUUCACUGGGUUCUCACAGUUCCUGCUAUUUGGGACGAUGCUUCAAAGCAUUUCAUGAGACUCGCAGCUCAACAGGCUGGGAUUUCCAGUGAAAAACUGUCCAUCGCCUUAGAACCCGAGGUGGCAUCGAUAUAUUGCAGACAUAUCAAAAUUGAGGCUGAUGAGGGUUGCGGCAUCUCAUCAUUUCAGUUGGGCAAAAAGUAUAUCGUACUUGAUGCAGGAGGCGGAACUAUUGACAUAACAGUACAUGAAGUUGGUAUCGGUGGACAACUGAAAGAACUCUACAAAGCUUCUGGUGGUGCCUGGGGUGGAACAGAGGUGGACAAGGGUUUUAUGGACUUUAUAGCAAACAUGACAGGAAAAGACAUAAUACAGCAUUUUAAGGAGAAAAAUAUAGAAGACUACUUAUAUCUGCUCCGGGAUUUCGAGAUAAAGAAAAGAAAUACGGAUUCGAAAAGUCCUGGACUUGUGACGAUUAGACUUCCAUUGUCUCUCAUUGAGCUGGUGAAAAACAAGGGCGAAACAAUUGAGCAGAUAUUACAGUCUUCGCGUUACGCAAAUAUGGCAACGGUAACAGGCGACAAGUUUCGUUUGGAUGUCAGCAUUUUUCGAUCAUUCUUUAAGAAGUCGGUUGACAAUAUCGUGCUGCAUCUAAAACAAUUAUUGCAUGAAAUUGAUACCACAAGUAUUGAAACCAUCCUUAUGGUGGGCGGAUACUCGGAGUCGCCUUUUCUUAUUGAGACCAUUGAGAAGAAAUUCCCAAGAAUGACAGUGAUCAUUCCAAAAGAUCCCGGUAUCGCGGUUCUUAAAGGUGCAGUUAUAUUUGGACACUGUCCGACCUCGAUAACAAAACGAGUUUCCAAGUACACGUAUGGUACUGAUGUAAGUGAAUUAUUUGAUAGAGAAAAGCAUCCAUUGGAAAAGCUUAUAGAAACGGAUGACGGUGACAUGUGUGUCGACAUAUUUGAUGUGUUCGUUGAGGCAGGCCAAUCACUAUCUGUUGGUGAAACACAGUACCAAUACACUUAUCAUCCAUGUUAUGUUGAUCAGAGUGAAGUCAAAUUUGAACUUUAUAUCACAACUGAGAAAGAUGUUAAGUAUGUCACAGAUCAUGGAUGCAAAAAGGUAGGGUGUGUUGUGAUUCCGCUUUCCGGAAGCGGUUUGGACCGAGGGGUUUUAGUUAGGUUAUAUUUGGGCGGCACAGAGAUAAUGCUCGAAUUUGAAGAAGAAUCCACAAGAAAAAUAACACGCACAGUCGUUGACUUUCUUACGUGACUAUAUGCGCCCGUUUAAGUUUAUCCUAACAUACAGUAGUAGCAUUUUAUUGUAACAUUGUUUGUGUUUGAAUCGAUUCUCCAUUAAGACUGUAUGAGGAAUACGAUUCGUUCGGAAGACAUGCAUAUAUUUAUUUUAUCUAAAUGUACUCUAAAUGAAACACACGAAUCUAUAUUCGCUGAAAUUAACUGAUAUAAAAUUACUCAGCUUUCAAAAUUUAAAGCGGAACACAUUUUACGUUAUGCAUUAGCCAAAAUGUGGUAUGAUCAACCAAAUUGUAAUCGUUUAAGUAUGUCAAAAUCUGCAACACAAUCGUAAAAAAAUAACGUUAACUCAUGGAUUACAGUUCCUGAUUUGUUCAAAUAAAUUUGCAAUAGCCUGCAUUAAAGACGUUAAUUAAGGCAGGAUAACUUUAACUUCCUUUUUUGGAAGACAAUCAUCAUAAUAAACAUUAAUGAGAUAUAAACAGGUUAUGUUUUAUAUGUCUCUGUUCGCCGUAUUAAGCUGAUUUGUGCAAAGUGCAGCUUGACUGGAAGAAAUAUCCCUUCUGUUCUUGUAAUCUAUUAUAUUCAUAAAAUGAUAAAGUUGAUAAUUAUGGUUUAUUAUUCAUCAAACUAAGAAGGGAUUUUCAUUUACUGUUUGUGUAUCUUAAUUUAGAAUUUAAACACAACUUUCAUACAAAAUAAUAUAGAAAUCAGAAUAAAAAUGUAUAAUAUAAAGAGCUUGUUUUAAAGUCUUAUUUUCAUAUUGAGCGAAUUUCAUUCAAAUUAAGUAAUGUGUACAUGUUUAUUUGUUUUGUUAUGAUUAGUAUGCCUAUGAUUAUAUUUUCCUAUAUAUUCAUGUGAAAAGUUUUUUUAUUAUCAAUGCUUUAUUUGACAGAUAAUUAGUCACUGAGGGUACUCUUAUAGUACGAACGAUACUUAUGUUUUAUGUUUUGCUAUGUACUAGUUUGUUGUGUUUUAGUCAUGCUGAUUUGUGUUUGUGUGCUAUUUGUAUUUUGAAUUAAAAUUAUCGCUGGUAGCUUUUCUAUAAAUAUAAUAUAACAAC